AUGGGAGAACCUUCGAACAAGCCUGUGAUGGGCGGCAGAAGUCAGCCAGGUUCGGAGGAGGACAGGCAAGCGUAUUUCUCUCGCAGAGAGCUUACUCUGCGCACGCGUGGACAAGCAACGACUAUCCAGGAGCUCUUGGAUAUCCGCGCGAGCCGCUCCGAGUGGCUGCGGGAGAGGACUCUUGCGACGGCCGUGGGCGUGCGGAUCCGCAACGGCCAGUACACGGACCGCCCCGCCAUCCUCGCCUUCGUCUUCUCCAAGGUGCAUCCUAAUUGGCUGCCACCGGACCGCUUGCUGCCAGCGCGGUUGGAGGGGGAGGGGUCGCUGUGGUGCGACCUGGACGUGCUCGAGUUCGCCUGCCUGCCCGGCCGCCAGCCAGCGAGGGACAGGGCGAGGGCGGAGGAGGAGAGCAGCGAGCUCGUGGACGACCUGCGCGGCUGCAGUGCCGUGCUGGGCCCCGGCUCCCAGGUGGCAUGCGAUGACACUUUCGUCACCAUGGGCCCCAUCGUCGUCGACAGCUCAGCGCCACAUCAGCUCGGCUUUCUCACCAACUGCCACGUGGCGGGCACCUCUCCAGAGAUGUCGGAGGGGCGCUGCCUCUACCACCCGCACUGCCCGAGCCUCGGCCCCGGCGUGCCUAUCGGGGAGGUUCGGCGCGUCGUGUCCUUCCGAAGCGACCUGGAGUGGUUCGGGUUUUACAUCAACCACCAGCCUGACAUCAGGGUGCGUGUGGACGGGGCAUUCGCGGCAUUCACAUCGGCCAUCCAAGCGCAUCACAUCACAGCGCAUCCACGCGGCCUGCCGCCUGGCACAGUGGGCGCGGUGCUGCAGAUCCUUCCCGCAUGGCCCGUCUCCGCCCUCGUCUCGCAGCAGGUAGCAAAGGUGGGGCGCAGUUCGGGGCUCACGCGCGGCACAGUGAUGGCGUACGCCGUGGAGUACUACGUGGACAGCAAGCGCGCCUUUGCGUCUGACCUCCUCAUCCGCAGCUCCACUGAGGCCCCAUUCGACCUGGAGGGCGAUGCAGGCAGCACAGUGUACCUGCUGCACAGGCGGACGGGGGAGGACGAAAGGGGAGGAGCAGGACAGGGGAGUGCGCGAGUAGGGGAGCGGAGAAGGGGAGAGGCGGCAGGUAGUGGAAGCAUGCUACCCCAGGGCAGGGGAGCAAGUUCAGCAGCAGCGGGGCUAGAAGGAGGAGCAGCAGCAGGAGCAACAGGAGCAUUAAGAUCAACAGACGUAACAGAAUCAGCAGGAGCAGCAGGAGCAGGAGCUGAAGCGGCAGAAGGAGCAGCAGGAGUGGAAGAGAGGGGCCAGUAUCCUGCACAGGAGGACGGGUGUGAGCACAGGGAGGAGGCACACGGCAGAGGAACGGUAGGCGGGUCAGGCUCGCGUGGGGGCAGGAGUGGGGACGGCGAGGGAGAGGGGGGUGCAGCAGUGAGUGGUGGAAGCAGGGGGCAGGAGUCUGCUAGUGGUGGUGCUGAGGGAGAGGGCAGCAGGAGGGGAGGAGAGGGGGCUGGUGGGGUGAGCAGCAGAGGAGAGGGACAGCUAGUGAGGGAUGGAGAGGAGGGAGAGGGAGCAGUGGCAGGAGCAGAGGUUGCAGCUGGAGAGCACACAGCAGAGCUGGAAGAUCGGAGAGGAGGAGUAGGAAGCAGGGCGGAAGCUAGAGCGCCAGGCGGCGAUGCAGCAGAGAGUGAGGCUGAGGGCGGCGAGUGGCGGCCGCUUGCACUGGUGUGGGGCGGCACGGGGCGGCACGGGAGGGUGACGCGGUGGAGUGGCAAGCACCCCGAGUACUGGACGACUGCUGUGGACCUCCAUCGCCUCAUGACCCACCUCCAUGUCUCCCCUGCUCCCCCCGGCCGUACCCGCGAUGGCGGCGAGUUGGAGGGGCAGGGGGACGAGGGAGGAGGGGUGCGGGGCAGGGCGGAGGGGGAGGGGAGGGGGAGUACUGGUUGGAGUGGGAGGGAGGUGGAGGAUGGUGUUGCAGACUUGUAG